UAGCUUCACAGUUCCGCCCCGGCUGCUUGUUCGCGCAGAAACCCGAAGGAAAAGCCAAUUUCGACAAACGAGGAGGAAAGCAAUUGUCCUGGGCCACGCAACGAAAACUUUGGGUUCAAUUGUGGUCUCUGCAUUGCAAGCAUUGCGAGCGAUAAACCACCAACCUCUGACGAUGAGUCGAUCGCUGCUGCGCUCUGUCCUGGAGCUCAGGAUACCAAUCACCCGCCUUCCGCCGACUUUCCUUCUUCCGAUCCACACCCGGCGGUUUAACUCCGCGGCACCAAUUAUCGAGCCCUCCGCCCACGAUGCGCUCCCGGUCGAACCCUCAGAUGCGGCGGCAAAGCCCUCAAUAGCACAGCAGGCCCAGGCCGCUGCUGUGAAGACCGCGACACCACCCAUGACGACUACGCCGAUCUCCGACUCGGUACAGGCCGUCCUCCCUUUCUUGGCCGCGCAGCCUAACCACUACAUCACUUUCCACAUCCACGGAAGACCCUACCUCGUACAGCCUGGGGAUAGCGUACGCCUACCCUUUAAAAUGCCCGGUGUAGUGCCCGGUGAUGUCCUCCGGCUCAACCGCGCCUCAGUCAUCGGCAGCAGAGACUACACUCUCAAGGGCGCGCCCUUUAUCGACGAGCGUGUGUUUGAGUGCCGCGCAGUUGUAACUGGCACUGAGAGCGAACCCAUGCGGCUGAAGACGAAGACGAAGAGGAGGCAGAGGAGGGUGAAGACGGUCAAGAGCAAGCACCGCUUCACAACAUUGACCAUCAGCGAACUGAAGAUCAACGCGCCCGAGGAGAUUGAGGCCUGAGUCGAUUAUGCUGUUCAGAGGUAUUAAGAAUUGUUCGAGUAUGCAAGAGGUGCAUGUACAAAGUCAUGGAACGAGACGAUCCCUUGUACCAGAGUCGUAUCCCAGUCGGGGCUGUAUCAAUAGGCAAACACAAAACACUUUUACGCUGCGCAAGAUUUCGGGCGCGGUAUCCGUAUAGUCGCUGAAAACGUUUGAAGCCCAAUGGCUCAAGCUCAGAUUGAUUUGGACGCCGCGUCUAUGCGAGUGUUUC